UCCUUUUCACCGGAGCAAAGAUGGCGGAAUACGACCUCACCACCAAAAUUGCCCAUUUUUUGGACCGUCAUCUCGUUUUUCCUCUGCUCGAGUUCCUUUCUGUCAAAGAGAUUUACAAUGAGCAGGAGCUGCUUCAUGGAAAACUGGACCUCCUCAGUGACACCAACAUGGUGGACUUCGCCAUGGAUGUGUACAGAAGCCUUUUUUCUGAGAAGGACAUACCCCCAACCCUAAAGGAGAAGAGGACAGAGGUGGUGGCCCAGCUGAAGCAGCUGCAGUCAGAGACGGAGCCCAUUGUGAAAAUGUUUGAGGACCCGGAGACAACAAGGCAGAUGCAGUCCACCAGGUAAAGCCUGUUUUA